UGUUCCUCCUGUCUGCUUCACUUUUCCUCCGUGUAGAAGAAGUAGUUAGUCAGUUGCCCAGUCUCCCCGCUAGACCUCAGAAAGGUGUUCGCCCGGUCGCCGCGGUAAGUCUACCCUGAAGGCACCCGCCCUGUCCCCAGUCCCCUGACCAAACUUCCUCCCCGGUGUUUCCAGCCCGCUGUUUUCGGCCAUGGCGACGAGUGCGAAGCGAAAGCAGGAGGAGACUCAUUUGAAGAUGCUCCGGGAAAUGACUAGCCUGCCCGCGAAUAGGAAAUGCUUCGACUGCGACCAGCGCGGCCCGACCUAUGUCAACAUGACAGUGGGCUCCUUCGUCUGUACCACCUGCUCCGGGAUCCUGCGAGGACUGAACCCCCCACACAGAGUGAAGUCCAUCUCUAUGACCACAUUCACACAUCAGGAAAUUGAGUUCUUACAGAAACACAGCAAUGAGGUCUGUAAACACAUCUGGUUGGGCCUCUAUGACGACAGGACAUUAGUUGUUCCAGAUUUCCGAGAACCACAGAAAGUAAAAGAGUUCCUUCAGGAAAAAUAUGAAAAGAAAAGAUGGUAUGUUCCUCCAGACCAGGCCAGGGCAGUAGCAAGCGUCCAGGCCUCUGUGUCUGGCUCCUCAGCCAGCAGCACUGGCAGUACCCCAGAAGUCCAACCCCUCAAGACCCUGCAGCUCAACAAGACCCCACUGCGCCAGUCUCCAGCGCUAGGUCGUGCCCAGGCUCACAGCGCUGCUCAGGAGAAGAAAUUUGACUUGCUCUCUGAUCUGGGAGGGGACAUCUUUGCUGCUCCACCUUCUCAAACUUCCAACUCUGCCAACUUUGCCAAUUUUGCACAUUUUCCAAGCCAGUCGGCACCUCAGGGUAAUUCAGAUACCAACUUUGCCAACUUUGAGGCAUUUGGAAACACUGCAAUUCCAUCCCAUCCGAGCACGUCACCCCCCUCAAAGUCCUAUUCAUCAGGGGGAGGUGUGCCUAUACCAACUGUUUCAAGUGCCAUCCCCACCCAGUCCCACCCAGGGAGCAGAGAGGACCGCUAUGCUGCUCUGGCUGAGCUGGAUAACGAGCUCAGCUCCUCUGUUACCUCAGGCAGCAGUGUGCCAGGGAACUUAUAUGGACCCGUGCUUGGUUCAUCGCCAGCCCAGAAUCCACCUGUGUUACCCAGCAUGCAGCCUGGCUUUGGAGCCGUCCCAUCUACAAAUCCCUUCGUCGCUGCAGCUGUUGCCCCGGAGAUGGCCACCAACCCGUUCCAGACCAAUGGCAGAGCUCCAGCUGCAGCCUCCUUUGGUACUGGCUCUAUGAGCAUGCCUGCCGGCUUUGGGAAUGCGUCUUCCUACUGCCUCCCGACCAGUUUCAGCGGAAACUUCCAGCAGCAAUUCCCUGGCCAGGCUCCCAUCCCUUACUCUCAACCUGGGGCCUACCACCCUCAGUCUAAUGGCCCUGCAUUCCCAGUCUACGCUCAAAACAAGCCCUCCAUGACGCCUUUUGGGCAGCCCAUGGCUGGCCCGGGCAUGUCCAAUAACCCAUUCAUGGCGGGAGCUCCAGCCGGGUCAUUCCCUGCAGGUGGUUCAACCAACCCUUUCCUGUAGCACAACUCCCAGUCUUUGCCACUAGAGGCCAGCAUGCAGCACAUACCCAACGCACCGAUCCGUCAUGCAAUUAGUGGCAGUACAUUUUUUUAAAAAGACUUAAGUUUUUGUUUUUUCAUAAAAAAAGUUUACAACACUAUGAAGGAGUACAAAGGACUAAGUUGAAGACUAAGGGACUGUUAUGGGGGGGGGAAUGUACUGUUUGGACUAUAUACAAUGCAUUAUAUGCUUUUUAUUUUUUGUUUAUGACUGUAAGCUAUGUGCAUAUCAUCAUUUGUAAUCACAAUUAAGUACAUGUUAUGUAUAACAAGGACUGAGUUAACAAGGGUGAGUAUACACAUACCUUGUGGAAAAAAAAACCCACUUCAAACUUUCUACGUAGGUAAGGGUUAUAGACUUUAAGACUAUUAACAGGGUUCCAUCCAAAUUCAUGAUCUCUGGUUUGAAGCAACCAUGAUGAUGCAGGUAUUUCAUUUUCAAAAGGGAUUUCUUUUUCUUAUUUUAGUGUAAUUGCAACUAUACUAGCACCAUGGUGCAAAAUGUCUUUUAUUAACUUACAAGUUGCCUAUAAUCCAAAGCAACCAGCCAACCAACCAAUGUCUUUUUUUAAAUUAGAGUAACAAAGGGCCAGGGAUUUGGUUUGAAACCAUGGACUCCUUGAAUAUGAAACCAACAUAGACUUCAGAUGUUUUAGCCCACUGGGUAAAGACACAAGCACGUCUGCUAGAGCACAAGAGGGAUAAGAUGCAAGAAAUGCAGGCUGUAAGAUGAGUGUUUCUAUGUCUGGUCACACUACCUAAUAUAUAAAUACUGGUAAAAAUGUUAAAUAUACUCCGCUUUCUAAUAUUCACUAUAUUUUAUGAAUAUGGAAAAGACGACAGGAAAGGCUCUUAAGAGAGCCUCAGGCUUGUGGGUGUGACCCAAAUUGGGUUGCAUCAAAACAAGUGAAAUGGUUAUUCACAUGGUUGCAGGUGACUUUGACAGGGAAUGACAGGUUUACCAGACCCCGUCGAGACAAAACAAAUGUACUACAUUUUAAAACAAAAAUAUUUAUGAAAUGUUAGUUAUGUUGUAUUCACUACACUCCCUGACAUCUGUCUUCUCCUUUGCCUCCAGAUUUAAAAGCUAAUAGAGUGAAAUAUUGAUCUCUCUUCAGUUUGCUUUACAAUUAAGGCAAGGGAAAAGAACAGAUUAAUUUGGGGAUUAUUACAUUACUGGAUCAGCCUGGGGACUCUGGUGAACUAGUGUCUCAAUUGUGCCACCAAUAACUAACAAUGAAUUUGACAGUGUGUUUCUUGUCUUUACAAGAAUAGGUAAGUAAAUGUGUACAUAUAUAAAUAUAUGUAUAAAUAAAUUAAAAGAUUUUUAACUACAUUUUUGAAGUUGUGCAACUAUAUGUUUUGAUUAAUCCAUCAGAGAGUUGAAUAAAUAAACUCAGCUAAAACUAAUUGGAGAUGAAUACAACAGUCAUGCAAUUAAUGCUACUUUUGUGAAGGUUUUAAUGAUAAUUUUUAUCUUAAAAGCCCAUAGAUGAUUAUUAGACAUUACGUCUCAGCAUAUACAAACUAAGCCUUGAAAAUAAGCACAAGGCACUAUAGUACGAAGUAAGUACUAUAGUUUUAAUGGAGGUAGAAUUUGUUGUAGGGCUGUUAAACUUUAAGUAUGAGCCAAUGUACAAGUACAUUCAAAUUGUAUGUGUAUCAUUUUAAAUAAGACGCAUGCCCUUUCACCUUUUGUGUUACAAACAGUUUUAUGUACAUAUUUUGUUUAAAAAAAAAAAACUUGUUUCGCAUUCAUAUACACAUACAAACCUACCUACACAUGUACAAGCGUACAGAACUCGAACAAAC